AAUCAUCAAUCCUAGCUCCAGUUUCGAUUCAAUCAGCUACGAGGUACUUCAACAAUACACAAUUCAACCGCAUUGAGGUAUCUGAACUGCCAGGCCUACAAUGCUUACACAACGAAUCGUGAGGGCUUCGGCUCUCCGAUCAGCAUCGCUAGCAUCACGAAGACUACCCAUCAUCCAACAACGAACAUUCUUACCCCCGUCAUUAAACGACCGAGCCAUCAUCGAUGAGAAAUACCCAGAUAGAAUAGAACUUACCGAGGCCCAAGACCCGGGCAUGAACGGUGGCUACAUCAACCCCCCGCGAGUCAAGCGACAAUUCCGUGAUCCUCACGCCGACUGGUGGGAUAAGCAAGAUCGACGGAACUAUGGCGAACCUGCCCACGAAGAUCACGAUAUACUAGGCAUGUUCUCUCCGUACGAAUACACUUGGGUUGGUAGCGGCAAGGGUUUGGCUCAAAUUGGCGCAUUCAUCGCUACCUUCGUGGGAGUGUGCUGGGUCGUCGGAAGAUUAUAUCCUGACAAGCCGUCUUUCCCUCGAGAAUUCGAAGGUGGUUUGGAACGAGAAUUAGGCGGUGCUGGUGCUACAAGAGCACGAGCUCCCGACGACCCUGAACCGUACCAGAUCGAAGAGGUCGAAGAAGCAUAAUAUGUGUAUAUAUAUCCAGACAGUUUUCACUACAUCGGACAAGCUCGAGUCUUUUCGACCAGCCUACAGCCGUGAAGCAAAUAGUUGCAAUCAUUGUCCCAUUUGUACAACCGAAAGUAUCGUGUUAUUCUGUUGGGCAAUCUGCGCUUCUUAUACUGGACUAAUCUCUCAACCCUUCAACUUAACGUAUAGCAAAAUCUUCUAUUAUCCCGUACCUAGGUACCUAGAUAUACGCCCAAGGACAGAGUAGGGAGCUAUCAGAGAAACAUAGACGGAAAGAUAAGCUCCCCAUUUAGGAACUUUAACUUUCCCCAUUUACAGGAGACUAAUGCGCAAUGACAAGUUAAGGUUUUCUCCAUCCUUUUCACGAGGGCCAUUUUCGCAU